UCCCCUCUGCCUUCCCUCAUCCCUCAGAAAUCAGAAUCAUCAGAAAGAAAAAACGCGAUUCCCCUCUGCCGUCUCCCGCCCGCGAUUCCCCCCUCUGCCCGUUAUUACUCGCCGCAGCCGCCUGCCUCGACGCCCACUCGCCGUUGCCGGACGCCCAGAAGGCCAGGAGCCACCUGCGGCCAGUCCGCCCCGCCCAGCCCCGUCCGGCCAACAGCGGCACCAUCGCGCUCGGCAGGCGGCAGCAACCAGCAGUGCUGCCCGGCGGCCGGCGGCAGUGUGCAGGCGUGCAGCAGCCAGCGCACAGACCUUUGUCUUCAUUUAUUUAUGGUGCUUAUUUCCCACCUCAGUUAAAUGGGACAAGGGGAGAAAGAUUCAGCUGAUAACUUGGUCUCUCCAUCUGAUGAUAGGAAUGAGCUGCAAGUGGAAGAUCUACGUGUGAAGGAAAGAUGCUUUGAGCAGAGAGAAGCUCUUCCUGGGGAGCCUCGCUGUGUUAUAUGUGGUCGAUACGGGGAAUAUAUAUGUGAUCAGACUGAUGAUGAUAUCUGUAGUGUGGAAUGCAAGACUGCUCUUCUUGCUAGAAUUGCUGCUGAAACAAAGAUACCAGUAAAAGCACCAGCACGCGUAAAAGUUCCGUUUGGUGAUGAGAGCUUCUGUGUCCGAGACAAUAAUUUUCCCGAUAUACCGAGUUUGCAUGCCAGCCAGAUCGCUUCACUGAGAAAUAAACUUGACAUUUGUGUCAAGGGUGAGGCAAUUCCUGAUCCAAUCAUGUGUUUCUCUUCCUGUGGUCUUCCUGAGAAGCUUGUGCACAAUCUUGAUGCUGCAGGGUAUACCAUGCCUACUCCGGUGCAGAUGCAAGUCAUCCCUGCAUCAAUAAGUAAUAGAAGCCUACUUGUCUCUGCAGAUACUGGUUCAGGGAAAACAGCUUCUUUUCUAGUUCCUAUAAUUGCACAUUGUUCACGGAGAGAGCUGCAGCAAUCUGAAAGCAAGCGUGGGCCCUUGGCUAUAGUCCUUGCUCCAACUAGGGAGCUAUGCCUACAGGUGGAGGAUCAAGCAAAAGUUCUUGGAAAGGGUUUACCAUUUAAAACUGCUCUAGUUGUUGGUGGAGAUCCCUUGGCUCAGCAAAUAUAUAGAAUUGAAAAUGGUGUCGAGUUAAUUGUGGGCACCCCAGGAAGACUAAUUGAUCUUCUGAUGAAACACAAUGUUGACCUUACAGAUGUGUCUGUGUUUGUUCUGGAUGAAGUGGACUGCCUGCUAGAGAGAGGAUUCAGAGAUCAGGCCAUGCAGAUCUUUCGUGCACUCUCAUGUCCACAGGUUAUGAUGUUUUCAGCAACAAUACAUCCAGAAAUUGAGAAAUUGUCAAACUCACUGUUGAACAACAUGAUACAUAUUUCUUGUGGGAACCCAGGUAAACCAAACAAAUCAGUUAGACAAGUGGUAAUUUGGGUGGAGUCUAAGCAGAAGAAGCAGAAGAUUUUCGAGAUAAUAAAAAGUAAGCAGCACUUUAAACCUCCUGCUGUUGUAUUUGUGAGUUCUAGAGUUGGUGCCGAUCUCUUGUCUGAAGCCAUUACUGCUGCUACUGGGUUGGAGGUUAUUUCUAUUCAUGGCGAGAAAACAAUGAAAGAGAGAAGAGAAAGAUUGAGACGGUUUCUCACAGGUGAAGUAUCUGUUGUUGUUUGUACAGGGGUCUUGGGACGUGGAAUGGAUCUUGUGAAAGUACAUCAAGUGAUUUUGUUUGACAUGCCAAAUUCCAUUGAUGAAUAUAUUCACCAAGUUGGAAGAGCGUCUCGGAUGGGUAAGGAGGGCGUGGCUAUUGUCUUUGUGAAUGAGGAAGAUAGGAAACUUUUUGGAGAGCUUGCUCAGGUUCUGAAGACUGCAGGAGCUCCAAUUCCUCGAGAACUCUCUAAUUCAAAAUUCACCAGCAGUGUUUCUCUUGGCACUGACAGGAAGAGAAAACUGAGUUCUCGGGCACAUUCUUGACCAGUACGCAUAACAGAGAGGUGGUCAAUCUUCUUAAUAUGACAACUACAUGCGCUACCGGUUAUAUUGCUUUGUUGUUUGAUAGCUGAGGUUAAAGUUUUGUAGGAAGACAGUGCUUGUUGUGCAUCCAUCUUCGUGUGGAUAGGCCGGAUAUCGGAAUUUGUAACUCCUGAAAUAUAUGGCAACUUCCUUGACAGCUUUACCAAUGAGUCUAAAUACGAUUCUUCAGGCCAUGUGUCUGGAAUCAAUUUAUGCAGAAAAUGUAAACAAGCUACCUUAUGUGUAGUUUUAUCAAAAUGUUGGUCAAACACACAUGGUGCAGUUGACUUAAAUAAUGGUAUGAUUUGUAUUUUCCUUGA